CUCUCUAGCAGUAGCUCACAAUGGCAGGCACUAAGCUGGUAGCACUUGGGUUCAUUGUCCUCAUUAGCAUUGGACUAGCCAAUGCUGUGAGGGUGGCUAGAUACUCCAGUGCUGAUGGAACGGGCACAGGAGAGGGAGGGGGCGGUGGGUAUGUGAAUGGUGGGGGCUCAGGGUCUGGUACUGGCACCGGAUCCGGUGACAGCAGCGCAAAUGGUGCCCAUGCAACUGCUGGAGGGGGUGGUGGAGGGGGUGGCAGUAGCCAAUACGGCGGGUCCGGAUCAGGUUCAGGAUCCGGAUCAGGUUCAGGUUCUAGUCAAUAUAGUCAAGGACCGUAUUCUGGUUAUGGUGGAUCUUCUAGCGCUGGUGGUACUAGUGGUGGGGGUGGUGGAGGACAAGCUGGAGGUUACUGGGGAUCUAGUGGUCAUGGGGCUGGUAGUGGCACUGGAUCUGGCUCUAGCUCCGCCAAUAACGACUGGGAUGGAAGUUCUGGAAGUGCAAAUGCUAAUGGCAAUGGUGGUGGAAAUGGUGGUGGUGAGAAUGGUGGGACUGGCGGUGGUAAUGGAGGUGGAUCUGGGUAUGGUGAUGCCAAACCCUAGUUUGUCCUUCCUAGACAAUCUAAAGGUGGAGCCCAACUUUUGUUGUUUGAGGUAGUAAGAAUCUGUUUAGUUUCUUUUGUACGGGAUAUUGUGCUUUUG